AUGACGAGAGGGUAUUCAUUAGAACAAGAUUUAAAAUUGUUAAUAAAUAAUCCUAAAUAUAGCGAUUUAGAAAUUUUAUGUGAAGACGAAAAGAAAUUGCACGCUUGUAGAGCAAUUUUAGCAGCAAGAUCCGAAGUAUUUGAAAGAAUACUUUAUAAUGGGAUGAAGGAAAGUUAUGAAAAUCAAAUUUCUUUUCCAAAAAUUAAUUCCGCUGGAAUGGAAAUCGUAUUAGAAUAUACCUAUACAGGAUCAAUUAAAGAAGAAUUUUUAACAAAGGAUAAUAUAAUUGAAUCUUUUUACGCUGCUGAAUAUUUUCAAUUACCAGACCUUCAGGAUUUUAUUAUGAAAGUUUUCAAAAAUACAUUAAAAAAAAAUCUUACAGAAAAUUAUUCACCAGAAUUAUUAUCGAAAUUUGCAGAAAAAAUGCCAUUAAUAGAAGAUAACAUUCUAUUAAAUUUAUUGGUUGAAGCGGUAGCAAUUAUUCCAUUAAAUACAAUUGAAUUUGGUCGAUUGUCUAUUGCCGGUCUUAAAUAUCUUUUAUCUUGUACAUAUGAAAAAGAAAUGACUUUUUCAACACCGGAAUAUGAAGUUUUUCGAUAUUGUGCUAUUCUUGCAGCAAAACGAGUUUCUAAUGACGCAUAUACAACUCUUUUGAAACGGUUACCUACCUUAGAACAAAUGCAAAUGGAUAAUUCAGUUCAAGUAAAAAAUAAAAUUAUUACCGAUCAUCAAAAUGUUGCUAAAGAAUUGGAACAUUUGGUUGAAUUUAUUGAUUUCAAGCGAAUUGAAGGACAGAUUUUAACCGAUGUUAUUGAUCCAUUAGAAAUUAUCCCUUCUAAAAUAAUUUUAAAUGUUUAUCGAGACAUAGUAAGGUUAAAUAAUUCAAACUUAAAUUAUAUUCGAGGAAUACCAACGAUGUACGUUUGGGAUGAAAAAGCAUGUGGGUCAAAUCUUAUUAUUGAGGAUAAUGGAAAAGUCGUACAAGCACCAAAUAAAUGUAACUCACAACAAAGCGUUAGAGGUAAAAUGGCAUUAAAUAAGGGCAUUUUUGAAUGGGAUGUCAUUGUUGAAAAAAGUUGUAAUUAUAUUUGGGUCGGAAUAUGUUCAUCAGAAAAUUUUAAUUAUAAAUCCUGGGCAGGAGGCCAGUCUACUGGAUGGGUAUUAGGUUCCAAUGGUGAAUGUUGUAAAAUUAUAUCAAGAAAUUAUUGUCCGCCAUUUGGAGAUGGUACAAAAAUUACUAUUCAUUUAGAUACGAAUAAAAGAACUUGCGCUUUUACAGUCAAUGGUACAAAAUAUCCGGAAGUAUCAGGAUGGAAUAAUUUACCAUCAAAACUUUAUCCUGUAGUAUCAUUAAGAUUUCCAGGUCGUUUACGAAUUCAAACUCAUAAAAAAAUUUGA